CAGACCCAGGCGUGCAGUAGGUUUGGGGUUUUUCUGCACAAAUAGGGGAGCUGGUGUUUGCUUCAAGGCAUCAGUUGACGUCCAUGAUCAUGGAAAUGCUGGCGUAAGGCCUUUAGGAGACGAUGGAGAAAAAAUGGACCUACUGUGCUGUCUGUUCCAUCAUCCAGAUACAUUUUGUCAGGGGAGUAUGGGAAAAAGCAACCAGUACAGAAAACGUCUAUGCUUCCCCUGGCUCUGAUAUCAACCUGACCUGUCAAACGUGGAAGAAAGGCUUCUUGGUGCAGAUGCAGUGGUCCAAGGUCACUGAUAAGUUGGAUCUGAUUGCCCUUUAUCAUCCUCAGUAUGGCUUUCACUGUAGUAAUGGCGGUCCCUGUGAGUCACUGGUGACUUUCACAGAAACUCCCGGAAAUGUGUCCACGUGGACUCUGCACUUAAAGAACGUGUCAUCCUCGCUUACUGGGAAGUAUGAGUGUAGCUUUACUCUGUAUCCAGAGGGUUUUCGGACUAAAAUCUACAACCUACUCCUUCAGACAAAUGUCACACAGGAUGAAUUGAGAAGCAGCCAUGUAAUAGAAGUACAGAUAAAUCAGACUCUGGAAAUACCAUGCUUUCAAAACACCUCCUCAGAAAUUUCGUCUGAGUUCACCUUUGCAUGGUUGGUGCAGGAGAAUAAUGGAACUUGGGAAACACUCAUCACCCAAGGUCACUCCAUCAGCAAUUCCACAUUGUUUAAAGACAGAGUCAAGCUAGGCACAGAUAAUAAACUCUACCUCUCUCCAGUCCAAAUCCAUGAUGAUGACCGGAAGUUCUCCUGCCGUGUUGUGGUAAGAUCUGGCAAAAUCUUGAGGCAUUCCACCACAGUCAAGGUUUUUGCUAAGCCAGAAAUUCCCAUGAUUGUGGAAAAUAACUCUACGGAUGUCUUGAGAGAGAGAACAUUCACCUGCUCCCUGAGGAAUGUAUUUCCCACAGCAAAUCUCACAUGGUUUAUAGAAGGAGGCUUUCCUCAAGGUAAAAAAGAAGGAAUAUACAUUACUAAUGAAGAGAGAAAAGACAAAGGUGGAUUUUUGGAGCUGAAGUCUGUUUUGACAAAGGUGUAUGGUAAUAAACCAGCCGAAUCAAACAACCUGACCAUCUGGUGUAUGGCUCUGUCUCCAGUCCCCGGAAAUGAAGUGUGGAAUAUCUCAUCUGAAAAGAUCACUUUUUCCUUGGGCUCAGUGAACCCUUCCAUAGGUCCUCUGCAUGAUGUUGUCACAUCAACCGUUGGCACCCAACCUUCUCCAGUCAACAGCAGGUCUCCUACAAGAUAUCCAGCUAUAUCUUCCAUAGCCGUUGGAGAUGUGGAUACCUCGACUCCAAAUACCACCCUUCAACCCAGCAAUUCCAAUGUGACUACCCAAGGCUUCAACUACUCCUGGACCCCUCGUGGGCAAGAUACCAAAAACUGUAAGUGUAACUCUUCAUGGAUGCCCAGUGAAACAUAUAGUUCAUCCCCCUCAGGUGCAAAUUCAACAAAUCAUGGUGGUGUCUUCACCAGCACAAUCAGGACAUUUUCAGAAGUUCCCACAACUACCAAUGGAUCUACUAAAAAUAUUCACAUCCAUAUUACUGGUAUUGUGGUCAAUAAACCUAAAGAUGGAAUGUCCUGGCCAGUGAUUGUAGCAGCUUUGCUCUCUUUCUGCAUAGCGCUGUUUGGUCUCGGAGUGAGAAGGUGGUGCCAGUACCAGAAGGAAAUCAUGGAAAGACCCCCGCCUUUCAAGCCACCUCCACCUCCCAUCAAGUACACUUGCAUUCAAGAGUCCAUGGGAAAUGAUCUGCCUUGUCAUGAGAUGGAGACUCUCUAAGAGCCACUUGAGACUUGCCACAUAGAACUCUGCUAGAAUCCUGCGAGAAGCUGGAUAUUGUGCUUUAUUAACAUAAUUGCCCUCUAGCCAAGCCUUUAGUGCAGCUGCAGUGGAUGUCAGAAGUGAGUGACCUGUUUUCCCAGCAACUCAGCCCCUUUCAUCUGCAUGCCUGAAACUGAGCAAGAAUGAGGCGAAGUCAUGCUCAUACCCCAUGCGAUCUGUAGGAAUGUUCUUGCUUAUGUAAGAAGUGCAAAUGAGGCUGCUGUUAUUAAAAAAGUACUUGCGGUGUUUUUA